AUGUGCGGCUGCCGCGCCUGCUCGUGCCGAGGCGGCGGCCUCGUCGCCCGCGGAAGCUUCCUGCUGUCCGCCGGCCCCGAGGCCGCCGCCGGGGGCGGUGACUUCAGCAACGAUGACGUCAGCGGCGGUGACGUCAGCGGCGCGGCGCGAGAUCUGAGGCUGAACCAGCUGCUCCUGAACGACCCCCCAGUGGUGGCGUUUGCGAGGCUUGAAGAGCGCGGCGACGAAUACGGCAACGGGGGUGGCGGCCCGGCCGGCGUCGCCGCCGCCCUGCGGGCCGGCGGCCUGCGCGGGCGCUGGUCCGGGCUCGCGGGCGGCGCGCCGCUGGCGCCGAACGUGCACCUCGUGACGCUGAUGCGCGCGGAGGAGGGCGACGGAAGCAGGGCCGUCGUGCGGUUGGCGCAUCAGUUCCAGGUCGGGGAGGACGCCGCGCUCUCGCGCCCGGCGCGCGUCGACCUGUCCGCCCUCCUGCCACGGCCCCUGGCGUCAAUCACGGAGCUGUCCCUCACCGCCGCGCGGCGGCGCGCCGACAUGCCGCCGCGCGCCAAGUGGGACGUGGGGGGCGGCGCAGCGGCUGCGCCCGCACGUGGGCGCGGCGGCGGCGGGGAGGCGGCCGGGAGUGGGCGCGGUGAGUGGGGGUGGGGCAGUGGAUCACAGGAGGCGUACGAUGUGUGGAACCAUGAAUCGGAUGAGAUGCCUGUGGUGGAGCUGUACCCGAUGGAGAUCAGGACGUUUGAGUUGCGGUUUGCUGACUAG